UGGGUUUUUAUUUCUGUCAGGUUUGUGCGUUGGCAACGCAAUCUGCAACUUUUAGGCGCGAAAUGAGUGAAGCCGGUUAGCAACACGCCAUCGAAUUCGGCGAAUCCAGUCACAAGAACGAUGGUCUUUGUAACCGACGAACAAGCCUCUACACGUUUGCGGUAUUUUAAAAUUUAAAGUUAGCCUUAAAUGUUGCAUUAGUGUUCAAAUCCACUUAAAAGUGGUAGUGUCAGUGUUACCUUUUAACCAAACCGUGUGCUCUCUGUAAGUAACCAUCCAAAAUUUCAACAAAAUUUUCGCAGUUCACGUUUAUGACAAUGAGCACAAAAGUAGCCACUCGAAACUCAACAACUUUAUUAAAAACUUUAGACGUAAUGAAGGCCGAAGAAUUUGGCAACCGACAAAUUACUCUGAAAGAAGUCCCCCAGCUGCACAAUGCGGAAAAAAAAUCUAGUCCUUCCACUUCGAUCAGGAGAAGCAAGCGUACGCGUUCUGCUUCCCAAGACCCAAGUUCGGAGUUACAAACCCCGAAAAGACCCAAACUUAAUGGGAAACUAAAAAGUGAUAUUAAAGUACCUGAAACAGGAUCUGGUAGUCCUUCGAACCCGCCAGAAGUUACUUCAAAUGUAGAAACUAACUCAGAACUAAAGACUGACGUCUCAAGCAUCUCAGAUGCUCAUAGAUUUAUUAAGAAGUCCAAAAAUGCAGAGGUCGAUAGAGAGUCUGAACGGGCCAAGCAGAUGAAAUUUCUGGACAGCUUUGUACAAAUAAGCCUAAAAUAUUCAGAGUAUCUUGAAAAUAAAGUAGGCACGUCACAGCAAAGUUCAAGUUCGUCAUCUUCAGGCGGUGAGAGCAGUAACGUUCGUGCCGACAUUGUUGAUCGUCUAAAAUAUUUUCGGGGCGAGCUGCGUCCUUACCAAUUAGAGGGAGUAACGUGGCUAACCAUUCUUUUUGAAAAUACGGUCAAUGGGAUUUUGGCCGACGAAAUGGGUUUGGGCAAAACCAUCCAAAUUAUAGCCCUUUUUUGUCACCUGUACGAAAGAAAAGUGCACGGGCCUUUUCUGAUUGUCGCUCCACUGUCGACCCUGGGGAAUUGGGAAAGCGAAUUCAAAAGAUUUGCCCCCGAUUUGCCCGUUGUUCGUUUUCAAGGAUCUCCAGUGGAGCGGGCGGAACAAGUAAAGAAAAUUAAAACCUCUUAUUAUCUGGACGGGCGAAUCGUCAAGCCUAUAGUCAUCUGUUCGUACCAAAUCCCGCUAAUGGAAAGUGCGUUUUUGCAUAAUUUCAUUUGGAAAUACGUCGUCGUGGAUGAAGGGCACAGAAUAAAGAAUUCCGAGUCACGACUGUCAAGGGAACUGCGAAAUUUGAAAUCGGUUAAUAGAACCCUCCUCACGGGGACACCACUUCAAAAUGACCUCAAGGAAUUGUGGGCCCUGUUUCAUUUCUUGAUGCCAGAUAUGUUUAAGGAUGAGGAGGCUUUAUCCAAACUGCUUGACUUGGAAGACGUCAAGGAUAAGGGUAAACUCCUGGAGGACGAGGCGAAGAGCCACUUCAUCUCAGCUAUCCAUAAAGUGCUUGCCCCGUUUAUGCUGAGAAGGGAGAAAAAGUCGGUGCUCCCCGAUAUCGUACCCAAAAAAGAAGUAAUAAUACACUGCUCUCUAACGGAAAUGCAAAGUUACCUAUACCGUGCGACGUUACAAGGCGACGUGAAUAAACUCUAUAUGCAGAAAGAAGAUUCGCAACAGGUAUGCGGUAAAAGAUCUUGCCGCGGCAAAAAAGCACUAACUUUUUCAGAGUACCAUGAUAAGAAGAUUGAAGAGUGCAUGACCAAUAAAUUCCUCCGGAAUAAAGAAAACAGGUCUUUAAAUUGCCCUGAUGGUAAAUACAUUUGUUACGUCACCAUGCAAAACACAAUGAUGAUGUUGAAAAAAAUUGUCAAUCAUCCAUAUUUAGUCUGGUGUCCUGUUGAGUCCACUGGCACUAGACCCGUGAUUCGUGUAACUGAAGAUAUCGUCAAGCAGAGUGGUAAACUCAUGGUGUUAGAUGCGUUGCUACCGAAAUUACAGAAGGGCGGGCACAAGGUUUUGAUAUUUAGUACUCUGGUGAUGUUCAUGGACAUGAUUGAGGAGAUGUUAAUAUUGCGUGGGUACAACUACCGCAAACUUGACGGAGGAAUCAAUUAUGACGACAGAAUGGAAGUUAUCAACGACUUCCAGACAGAUCCAUCGAUAUUUAUUUUUUUAAUUUCGACCAGAGCAGGCGGUUUGGGGUUAAAUUUGACCGCGGCUGACACUGUUAUUUUCAUGGACAGGGAUUGGAACCCCAUGGCGGACUCGCAAGCUCAAGAUCGGUGCCACAGGAUCGGACAGACGAAGCCUGUUGUCAUCUAUAGUUUAAUCGCUAAAGGGACGAUAGAUGAAGUGAUUUUAACGCGCGGUGAUAUGAAGCGACGUCUCGAAAAAAUUGUGCUAAAGGAAGGUAAAUUUAAAACAAUUAAAAAAAAUUUUUCCGAAAAUGAAUUAAAAGAUUUGGAAGAACUCCUCAAUAACGAAGAGAAACUGAAGACCAUCCGCUCAAAUGGAUUGAUUUAUACGAAUGCGGAAUUAAACCAGAUUUUAGAUCGCAGUGAUUUGCAUGAGGCUUUACGCAAACAGUUGGAAAAAAAUAAAGGGAAAUCCAAGAAGUGAUAACCUUCCUAAAUUUUUUUAUAUUGACGUAUUAUUGGUAUUAACAAGUUUUUAAAUUUUUUACGUUUUGUAUUUUGGUAUGUUCCUUACUGUUUUUUCAUUAAAGUUUUUAAAUUU